AUGUCGAUGUCCCAUUCGGCCGGGCAGCCUAAGCCCAAGGUCGCUCUGGACAACAUAUGCUCUGUCGUAUAUAAUAACACUCUGUAUACUUACUCAGCAGAUGCCUUCCAAUCCUUGAGCCUGGAGAAGGGGUCGGAGUGGAAGACCUUGAAGCAGGGAGAAGGGGUCUCCGGAGCUGCUUGUGUUGGUUCGAAGACAGCAUUUUACGUCGUCGGCGGGACUGGAGGCUCGUCAGACUACCAAGGCCUGCAAAGGUAUACAUACUCGACUGGCACCUGGGAUUCGAUCGACCCCGUCGUCCCUGUCACUCAGAAUAGGACCGACCACGGCGCCGUCUAUCUCGAGGGCUCCGACUCUAUCGUUGUCUAUGCUGGCAGCCAGGCCGGCGACCCGAACCCCUCGACACAGACAUUCAGCAUCAGCGCCACCGAGCCUUACUCUGUACUCGCCUACCAAAAUGAAGGUGCACCUCCGACGUCCAAGCCUAUACUGCUUCGAUGGUCGGACCGACAAGCUGCCAUGGUCGGUGGCAGUGCCACAAAUACUCAGGUUAUGCUGUUCACAGUCGGGGCUGGAUGGUCCAACUCUGGAGCCACACUGGCAUCUCCGCUGAAAACAGGCACUGAGCAGUGGCAGGCUGUUCUGGUUUCGGGCGACGACGGUUCCAAAAACCUUAUUACUUUCGACAUGUCAGUGUCACCUAAUGUCGCCAAUCGCACCGUUCUGAUUGAUGAGCACGGGGCACCGGUUACCAAGGCCGCGGCUGUCACGAAACGAUCAGAUGACCGCAGACGGUCGGAUCAGGAUGAAGUCGGACGUCGGGCAACCGCCCUGACGCAAGAGACUUGGCCAACCUAUAAUAGCACCUACGCGUCUACAGCGAUCCGCAGCAAUUACGCCGCCGCAGAAUCGGAUGACGGGCAGGUCGUGCUUUCGGGCGGCAACACGGAUGAUGUCUUGUGCAUUUUCAACGCAAAAUCCAACAGCUGGGUCAAUGCGACGGCGCUCUUGGCCGAUGACGACCAAAAGGUUCUGUCCGUAACUUCGUCAUCCUCGUCCUCAUCCUCUGCCACUGCUACUUCAACAACACCCAGUGGCACUUUGUUUGCCACGCUGAGUCCUACGGCCACUCCAGAGACCACCGCGGCAGCUGGAGGGACUACCUCGACCUCUACUCAUUCUUCGUCUUCGACAUCGACCUCUUCGUCCGGACUAGGCACCAACGGUAUCCUAGGUGUUGUCCUUGGCUCAAUUGGCGGUGCUCUGGUCCUCCUGAUCCUGCUCUACUGCCAGAUUCGAAAGCGCAAGAGAACGCAAGACUUUAUCCAGGCAGGCCACGCCAGACGAGCCAGCGGUGCUUCAGAGAGGCCGGAGAAAGAGGGGAUGGCUGUUGUGACGGAGAGCUACCCACGCUCGCCUACAAACCCCACGUUCAUGCGCAGCCACCAACCUAAGGCGUCGACAGGAUCAUUCUCAUCCAUGGCGAUCUUAAUGGGCAAGGGACCUAAGAACUCAAUGGAAGGAGGGCCGAGACCUGGUUCCAGCAACAAGCAGAUGAAGGGGAUGAAUGGCAUCGGCCAAACGGCGCCCAUGCGUCCCGUUCCAGCCCUUGCGCCAGAUCUCAGGGAGGAGAAGGGUGUGUCCUUCGCCGCUGAUACAGCUGAGCCCCGGCCAGGUUUACGCGUGCCCGCCGAUCAGCAGGAUGGGCUGCGACGCAGCUCCGGUUGGAACCGCUACUGGUCAGGCGAUAGCGCUGCACUCAAUAUUCUGGGCUAUGGAAAUGGCCAGCAGACGAAUCGGAACACAGUCGCCUCGGAAGGUUCUCACUACUCUACAAACGGUCAAGGUAUCGACCCACGCUACCGCAUGACCAAGGACAGUGCAACGGUGCCGCCACUCAAUGUCGACGAUGGAAGGCCUCGAUUCAAUCGCGUCAAUUCCGGAUCACCGACCGUCAGCAACUAUCCCGCUGCCGUCACUCAGCAGCACAUGAGUGCCGAAUACAGCGAUCGGAAUAGUCGGGACUCGGACUUUUCUGGCUAUUCCAGCGGCAUACCUGCGAGUGUACAGGACACUUGGGAUCCGACCGCGGCCUCCAAGCCUUGGACAGGUGGUGGGCGUGCGACCAGCAGCAUGUACAGCAACGCAUUCCCUAUGCCUCCUACCCCGAGCGAAAACCGACCGCCGCUGCCACGAAACAUUCCUAGUGGCAUAAGCCAGCAACCGCAGCUGGACAGAGCAGACACUUCAGACAUGAGCUGGCUGAACAUUGGCGAACAACAAUAUCAACAGCAGCAACAACAACAAAACCGACACUAA